GGACACGCGCAGUAGGUAGUGGGAGCAGCAGCGGGAGCAGGGCCCUCCCUCUGUCUUUGCAGAUAAAUAUUCGCAGGCUGCUAUUCCAGGCAUGGAUAACAGUUGCAGCGAGUCAUGGCAUUGCGACAUUACACCCUCGACUUCAGCCUCUCUACGGCAGUUGACUCCACUUCGACAGUUGCUGGUCUGCUGUCCAUAUUUCAUGAGCAGGAACUGACAGAGACUGUUCAUGACACAAAUGGGCACGGAUACCUCGCUACAUUUGUAGGCAAACAUGGCCGGUUAGUUAUCUUGCGUGUGCACUCCCGUGGUUUGGUCACCAUCGAUCUGCAAUGUUAUGAAGAGGACAACAUUGCACAACUAGACAAUCUUUUAAAUGCACUGGAGAAGAAGCUCAAAGUUCUCUUAAAUGGCAAUAUCACGCGGAUUAAAAAGCUCCCAGCCCUCGUACGAGGCGCAAAAGUUGACAGAUACUGGCCCACAGCCGAUGGCAGGAUAGUGGAGUACGACAUUGACCAGGUGGUGUACGACGAGGAUUCUGAUUACCAAAAUAUUAAGAUAUUGCACUCGCGGCAGUAUGGAAAUAUCCUUGUGCUCGAUGGGGAUGUUAAUCUGGCCGAGAGUGAUUUUGCCUACACCCAAGCCAUCACAGGCAAUGGAAGAGAGAGUUACGCUGGAAAGGAGGUGCUGAUUUUAGGAGGAGGCGACGGAGGCAUUCUUGCAGAGCUGGUCAAAAAAAAGCCAAAGAUGAUUACAAUGGUGGAGAUCGACCAGAAGGUGAUAGACGGGUGCAAGAGGCACAUGAGGAAGACUUGCGGCGAUAUCCUCGACAACCUGAAAGGAGACUGUUACCAAAUACUCAUCGAGGACUGCGUUCCUUUGCUGAAAAAGUACGUCCGAGAGGGAAGAAUGUUUGACUACGUCAUCAACGACCUCACCGCGAUCCCGAUAUCCACCGCGCCAGAAGAAGACUCGAUGUGGGAGUUCCUGCGCCUCAUCUUGGACCUGUCAAUACAAGUCCUUCAUCCCCGUGGGAAGUAUUUCACACAGGGUAACAGCGCGACCCUCACAGAGGCUCUGAGUCUGUACGAGGAGCAGCUGGGAAAGCUCUCGUGUCCCGUGGACUUCCGCAAAGAAGUGGUGUGUGUGCCCUCCUACUUGGAGCAAUGGGUUUUCUACACCGCAUGGAAAAAGUAAAGACCUCCAGGUUUCUCUGCUUAAAAAUCCCAGCAGCUGGAAUGUGAAUGCUCCUGUAAUUUCCUCUGCUGUCUUUAAGUCGUGUUCAGACCGGAUGCGAUAUGCAAAAUAGGGUUCAACACAAAGUUUGGGUAAAUAUCCUGGUAUGUGAGGAUUAAAUUUAAAAAAAAAAAAAAAAAAAAAAAAGUUGAAUUAGCAGUCUGUAUUCACGCUUGCGGAUGCACCCUUCAUGUAGCUUUCUGCCUGUUCUUAUUUAGCGACAGCAGAGUGAAUGAAACUAAUAGAAAUAUUUAGAAAACUCUUAAAGAUUUCAAGACACUCCCUUCAGCUCUGUUGGUGUUUUAGCAUGAAGUGUUAUUUUUUUGAAUUCGGUCUGAACACAUCUUAUUGAGCACAGCCAGUUUAUCCAGUUUACCUUUUUUUCCUUUUUUUAGUUUUUUGUUUUUUUUUUUCCAUUGUUUGCUGCAACUUUAAGUUGUAUUCCUUGUAUGUUACUUGAUUUUGAGUAAUUGUCCAUUUGCAUGCACUCUAAAGGAACUGUUGGUGUUGAAACACUGUUUUGAUACACUGAUGUGGUGUGACUCAUCUUACAUAAUAGGUGUUUUCUGUCCGUUGGAUUUUGAGUUGUGUGUUCACCCAAUGCGUAGGCUCGACCGACCUGACCCGAGACGCUUUUAAGCUUCAUUAUUUUGUUACUGUUACCCAUACGUGGUUGUUUUAGGUUGUUACAAGGCGACAUGAUCAUGCCCAGCGAGACUGACGUGUUUGAGUCCACAUGUGUUUUAAAAGGGAAACAAAUUCCUCCACAUUGAUACCACCUCUAUGCUUGUGCUGUUUCUAUGACAUGUUUUAUUAGCACCUUUUUGGUUUUUCCUAAUAAAUUUUUGAGUUUUUUAAGAUUUUAUUAGGUGCAUGUAAAGGACAGUGAAUGUAGCUUGCAUAUACAGCACAUUUAGCGACCCUGUGGGACAUUUAUUUAUUCAAUAAAAUAUCACCAAAUGCUGUUCUGUCCUGCUU